AUGGUUAUGGAAUUUGCAUCUUUAGGCAGUCUUUAUGAAUAUCUAAAAUCUAAUACCAACAUGACCUGGGAAACAAAGAUAAAAGCAUUACAUGAUAUUAGCAUGGGACUCAAUCAUCUACACGAUAGUAACUUGAUUCAUCAAGAUCUUCAUCCAGGGAAUCUUUUAUUUAGUAGUAAUGCUGGCGAAGACUUUUUAAAUAUUGCAGAUCUUGGAUUAUGCAGGCCAUCAAAUCAGGGGCUACGUCCAAGAAUUCCAUACAAUGUACCAAGAUUUAUCACUAAAUUGAUUAUGCAGUGUUGGGAUGCUCGCCCAGACAAAAGACCAACUUCUAAAGUAUUGUACCAAAAGAUAAAGGAAUGGUAUUACGAUAUUAGAAGAAAUAGAAAAUCCGAGUUUACCGCACAAAUUGAAAAUGCUGAAAAAACGUCCGAACAUUCGUCUACAUACGAUGCAUUGGCAGAACCUCAUUAUAAAUCACAUCCUAAUGCAAUAUACAGUAGUAGACUUCUCAAUUUUACUAAUCUUUCACCACCUGUGAAUGAUUCAAGUUUCGAUGAACAACUUGAAAAACUAUUAGAAGACGAAAAUGAUAGCGAAUUCGUCAUUCGAUUCUAA